UUUGAUAGUACACAAAUAUUUGAAGUGUAACCCGAUAUAUAUCAUAGAAAACCGCAUCACGAUUUCCGCGGGACUGUCGGGUAUAUAAGCCGUACUGCAGACCGAUGUCCAGCAGAAUAUACCCGGACUGUUUAUUUAAAAAAGGAGGAUAAAAAAGCAGGAAAAUGAGAGUAACUCUAUUAUUUUUAACCAUGUGUGUUGUAAUCGCGGUGGCUUUAGCCAGGCCACGUAAUGGGGAACGACGCCAGGACACAAACGAUCAAAGAAGAGGCAGGAUAGGUGGAAGAGGAAGAAAUAUGCAGUCGAAUGGAGACGGGAACAUGCAUAGAAGUGAAGACAGCAGCAGAAGCAGCGAUACCGAUGACAGCGAUAGCUCUCAGGAAGGCCAAGACCAAGGUCACGAUCAAAGUAGACGACGUCAAGGUCAAUAUAGAGGAGGCCACGGUCAAGGUCGAGGAGGUCAAAGACAGGAAGAAAGUGGUGACGAAUUACCCAAAAGUGACAGACCUGGAAUACCAACUGAAGCAACGCUUACUGAUAGAAACAGGUCAUCUCCAAGAACACCUGCUGAAACAGACAGACCAAGAACACCUGCUGAAACAGACAGACCAAGAACACCUGCUGAAACAAACAGACCAACUACAAGAACAUCUGCUGGUACAAACAGGCCAACUACACCUGCUGGUACAAACAGGCCAACUUCUAGAGCGCAACCAACCGAGGAAGCUCCUGCAGAUAGAAUAUAGAAAGACCUCCACUGAGAUAGCACCUGCUGUUUGAGCCGACGUGGAUUCUCUUAUUAAAUAAUAAACAUUUGAACAUAUUUCAAAUAAACUAAGUAUAAUAAUAAGAAGUAAUUUUAUUGCAGCUAUUUCCAUUUUAACUAAUAAUUUGGAAAUUUCAUCCAUAGUGUUUCAAGUAAUUUGCGUAUGUUACAUACAGAAAAUAUUCAGAUGUUGUUUUGUUAUUUGAAAGUCAGUGAGACUAUUUACAAUCAACUUACUCUUUGUUGAAUAUUAUUAGAUACUUAUGCUAUCUUAAAAUACAGCUAUCUUUAAAUAUCA